GGGACAAUUAAAUAUUAAGUUCCUAUUGUAUUUAUUUCUUAACUCAAAAAAUGGGUAAGAAAACGGCAACGGCUGUAAACAAAAACAAAGAAAAGCGCCAGGCGCGCAAAUUGGAGCAGCGUCGUAUAGCUGACGGCAUGGCACAUGUUACAAAGGCAAACAAACUAGAAGAUCUGGCCACUUUAUGUAAGGAACUAUUGGUGUAUCAGAGUAAUAACCUUGAAGUGGAUAUGUACAUGCAGAGGGUCACUGAACUUGAUAAAAAUGUUUUACAAUGGGCAAUAGAUCUAACUGAAAGGAAUAUGAAAAAUCUAUAUGAAACCUGUGCCUGGGGCUGGAACAAAGAUCGCAAAGUUGAAGAAAUGACCGAAGAUGCUGCCUGGUAUCUUAUUGCUAAAGAGAAAGAUACCUUGUUAGCCUUCUCACAUUUUAGAUUCGAUUUGGACUUCGGAGACCCAGUGUUAUACUGUUACGAGGUACAAGUGGAAGCGGACGGUCGACGUCGCGGACUUGGCCAGAGGAUGCUUCGAGUGCUCGAAAAGUUAGCGGCUGCUACGUGCAUGCGCUCUGUUAGACUGACUGCGCUUACGCAUAAUCCAUCCGCGUCGGCUUUCUUUAGAGCCUGCGGGUAUAGUUUGGACGACACGAGCCCUCCAAAGGAAGAAGCUAACCACUAUGAAAUUUUAAGCAAAUCCACGUGUUUGACCGACAUAGAUUUAGAUAAGAACUCUGAACUGGAUGGGGCGUAGUGACAUAGAAAUAAGUUUUAAUUAGGAUCAAAUUUUUUUUAAAUAAAUAUUUUUACUUUC